GAGGCAGCAGCAGCGCUAGGGGACUCCUCCUCGCACUCCCCCCGGGUCAGUCGGUGGUGAGUCCCGUGUGCUUCACUGCGGCAGUUCCUGUGCGGGACAACAGCGGAGGGGGGGUGACUUGUGUUCUUGCUUUUGGAGGUGGAGACGUCACAUUGCGGCUGUCACGGCGCGGUUGGACGUUUUCACUCGGCUACGAAAAAGCCCCAGCUUUCCGGGGUAUGACACAUAGGGACGGUCAAGACGGGAGACAGCAGUGACGUCAUUGAGAGUGAGUGGAGUGACGUCACGUUGCACCCCUUCAGGCCCGAGAGCCUCUCACCAGCCGCUGUCACCGCACUCUGCAGAGACAAAGAUGAAUAAUCUGUCCUUUAGUGAGCUGUGCUGCCUCUUCUGCUGUCCUCCAUGUCCAGGAAAGAUUGCCUCCAAGCUUGCCUUCUUACCCCCUGAUCCAACAUACACACUUAUAUGUGACGAAAGUGGAAGUCGUUGGACACUUCAUCUGUCAGAGCGGGCAGACUGGCAAUAUUCUGCAAGAGAAAAGGAUGCUAUAGAGUGCUUCAUGACUAGAACCAGUCGGGGGAACCGCAUUGCCUGCAUGUUUGUACGUUGCUCACCCAGUGCAAAAUACACCCUGCUGUUUUCUCAUGGAAAUGCUGUAGAUCUUGGUCAGAUGAGCAGCUUUUACAUAGGACUGGGCUCUCGGAUCAAUUGUAACAUAUUUUCUUAUGAUUAUUCUGGGUAUGGGUCAAGCUCCGGGAAACCAACAGAGAAGAAUUUGUAUGCUGACAUCGAUGCUGCUUGGAUUGCUCUUAGAACGAGGUAUGGAAUACGUCCUGAACAUGUCAUCAUAUAUGGCCAGAGCAUAGGAACUGUCCCAUCUGUGGAUCUUGCUGCUCGAUAUGAAAGUGCUGCUGUGAUUCUUCACUCUCCCCUGACCUCUGGGAUGAGGGUAGCCUUCCCAGACACAAAGAAAACCUAUUGUUUUGAUGCAUUCCCCAACAUUGACAAAAUCUCCAAAAUAACCUCUCCAGUACUAAUAAUCCAUGGCACAGAAGAUGAAGUCAUUGACUUUUCACAUGGACUGGCCCUGUUUGAGCGUUGUCAGAGGCCGGUGGAACCUCUAUGGGUGGAAGGAGCCGGCCACAAUGACGUGGAACUUUAUGGACAAUACCUGGAGCGAUUAAAACAGUUUGUCACACAGGAGUUGGUUAACUUGUAAACUACUACUUUAUAAAAAGAGCAUAUUUUUUUUUUCCCCCCUAUGGCAGUGGAAGGUUUGCAUCAAGUUUCAUGACAAGGCUUUGCAGAUCUCCCAGGCCACCAAAGGGUUUAACCAACCAUGUUUCUAUUUUCUUUUGCUGGACGCCAUAGUUUUUUUUAAUUUAUACCUGAUGGUCUGUUUGCAAAUUAUAUUGGUUGCCUUAACAGAUGUCCAGGUAAUGCCAUAAAGGUGAUGCGUCCUACUUCUGAGGCUUUUAUUUGAUAGAAGCCUUGUGUUUUUUUUUUUUCCUUUUUGACAGGCUUUUGGGCAUAGCAGUUGUCCCUAUAGAUAGAUAUACUGAAUACAGAAUGAACAGGUCAGUUAACAUACUCAUUGAGUUGGACAUCCCCUUUACCUCCAGUAAUGAAGGCUUUUUAUACCAGUAUUAGAAUGUAGACUGUCCGGCUUCUGUAGGAUACAUAUUAAUGGAGCAGCUCAUCAAUACCUACUGUAUUUGGAAUAACAAUAACAGGUGGUUGUUGAAUAUUCUUCACGUUCAGCACUUGGCAAAAAUUGGUGGGCAUUUAUUCCUGUUCUAUUAAUGGCUGUUGGUAAAAUACUGGUCAUAUCACUACUUUUGCUCCUUCCGGGAGAUUGAACACUGCAGACUUGUAUGUGCUGGCCUGUCCAGCAGUGAUGCUGUUCCGUAACUACACAUCAGGAAGAUUUCAGAACACUUCAUGCAUGGGGUUCAUUACCACUAAUACAAUAUCCAGAUCUCCUAGCGGAGACUAGACUGUUGUGUAGGGGCAUCUAUUCACAAUGGCCUGAUGCACUUUUUAAUGUGAUGUACAUACAGAUCAUGAAGUAUCCCAGACCUUGUACUCUUCAUUACAUUGCCAAUACAGCUGGUUAGUCUUUUUCUUCUACAUGUCUUGAGAUCUGGUGGUUGGUCUUGGCUUGAUCCCUUUUAUGGUACAAUACUGUGAUUGGGUGAUAAUAAAAGGCUUUGUCUCUUCUGUUGCUGUGCAACAGGCUCUUGAAAUGUAGACUCCAUUCACUUGGCCAAUAUCUCUCUGAAGUCAGUGGGGGGUUUCAGGCACUCUUUGGACUCACUGGGCUGGAAUCCACAAACUCCAAAGUUACGUUAUAUCUGCCAAUUCUUUUUCUGUACUCUUGAAGCAGCUUUUUUUUAUUUUUUUAUUUCUUUCUUUCCCCCCUAAAGAAAUUGGAAUUUUUUUUUUUUUCGUUUUGUUCCUUAUGUUUUGUGGCAGUUGUCCAAUCCCUUUAUAGUCUGACAUAAGUAGACUUUGAGGCUGCCAUCAUACAUGGUAUGUAUAUAUAUAUAUAAUAUUAUAUAAAUCCUGUGUGAUGGCAGCCUAAAGAACUGGAACGUGAACGCUACCAUAGUUGGGUUUUCUUGCAGUAGUUUACAAAGUACGGUUUAAACCACUUUGCACUGAGAACCGAGGUAACAUUAAGCUGCUGCUUAUAGCAAAUGUCAGAUGGCAAACGUGACAACCUUGCUGAAAUGCGUUCAGGUAGAUCUCUCAAAGCGUAAGACUGCAUUUUGUAGACUUUACAAACAACUGUAACCUGACUUUGUAAUAGAUUUUGCAAAAAAAAAUGCAUUACUCAAUAAACUAUCUGAGCGGUGUUUUAUAUAUAAUUUUUUUUUUUUUUUUCAGAUCAAUUUAUAAAACAAUGUUUUUUGACUUUUUAUAUUGACAGAUUAAGGUGUUUUCUGUUUUUUUCUUUUUAAGUUGCCUGUCCUUCAAUAUGAGUUUGCUAAGUGUCAAUGAAUGCAACUACAGUACAAUGUAAUGAUAUGUAGUACAGUUUGUGAAUGGAUAAUACACUGUGGAUACAUAUAAAGGCCUUAUUUAGUGUAGUAUUUGUUGUGGCUGUCUGGGACUGUAUACAGUUUGAUCAUGUAUUAUACAGAAUUGCAUUGGUUUAGAUGUUAUCCAGUAAAAUCUAUAAUGACUGUUUCAGUUGUAUUUCUAAGCAUUGCUUUAUUCAGCCAUCACUUGUCCUAUGACUGCUAGUGGUGAUAUAGG